AUGGCCACCAAUCGCCGCGGCGGCGGCAGGCUUCCUGGCAACGGCGAUUUCGCCGCAAUGGCUGCUCGUGGAAGAGCUUUUUCUGCAUGGGGUAGUUGGAUCAAGACACCAGGGCAAGCAGCUGGUCGGGGACAAAGGGCACCAGUGAGUUCCUCAUCAAAUGCUUCACCUGCUAUAGCACGGCAAGCUUGGAAUCGCAAUGAAGGUUCUUCAUGUCCUCCGUGGAACAACUCUACUGUACCUUCUGAUCGUAGGCCUACUGCCAGAGACAAUCCCAAGCCACCAUCACAAACAAAUUCAAGAGAACCAGAAAGGAAAGCAGUACCAAACUAUGUUGUGACUCCACCUCUGGCAAAUGGUUGGAAGUGGAGGUCUCGACCAUCUGGUCCGGAAAGCAACAAGGUCAAUGUUCCCUCAUCUAGUUUUGACCCUGAAAUUGACAGUUCUGAUGUUGAGGAUUCGUCAGACGAUGAUAUGAGUGAUGAGUAUGACUCUGAUGCAAGUGCAAAAAGUUUUAAGACCCGGAAAAUGAACAAGUGGUUCAAAAGCUUUUUUGAAGAGAUCAAUUCCUUAACUGUGGAACAAGUACUUGAGCCGAAUAAGCAAUGGCAUUGUCCAGCAUGCAAAAACGGUCCUGGGGCAAUUGACUGGUUCAAAGGGCUACAAUCUUUGGUGACACAUGCUAGUACAAAGGGCUCUAGAAGGGUUAAACUCCACAGAGAAUUGGCAGCAUUGCUAGAAGAUGAGAUGUCCGGCAGGGGAACUACAAUGGUCCCAUCUGGCGAGCAGUUUGGGAAAUGGGCAGGGUUGAGAGGAGUCACUGAUCGUGAGAUAGUGUGGCCACCAAUGGUUAUUGUCAUGAACACCUUAUUGGAAAAAGAUGAUGCUGACAAGUGGAUAGGCAUGGGCAACCCAGAACUACUUGAUUAUUUCAGUGAAUAUGAUCCAACCAAAGCACGCCAUUCCUAUGGUCCAGGUGGGCACCGUGGCAUGAGUGUGCUAAUAUUUGAAAGCUCAGCUGUGGGUUAUAUGCAUGCAGAACAUCUGCACAAGCACUUCGUAAGUCAAAAUACAGACAGGGAUGCAUGGCAGAAAAAAAUGCCUCGAUUCUUACCAGGUGGCAAAAGGCAAUUAUAUGGUUUCUUAGCCAAAAAAGAAGAUAUGGAAGAUUUCAAUAAGCAUUGCCAGGGAAAGAGUCGUCUAAAAUAUGAUAUGAGGUCUCAUAAUGAGAUGGUAGUGCUACAAAUGAAACAAAUGAGCGAAGAAAAUCAGCAGCUGCAUUUGAUGAAGAACAGGAUGGUUAAGACAGAGCAAUACAAAAAAUCUGUAGAAGAAUCGUUUUGUGAUUUGGCCCAGAAAUAUCGAGAGAUUAUGGCAGAGAAAAAAGUACUCAUUGAUAGAGUCGGAGAGAAGCACUCAGAGCAUGAGGAAGAGAUGCAUUCGCAGGAGAAAUUUUUCUUUGAUCAGAUAGAAAACAUUCAGAAGGCCAUGGAGGAGAAAGAAGCUGAAUUUGAUGAGUUACUGCAAGAGGAGCGUGCAAAGGCUAGACAAUGUGAUGUUGAUUCUGGGACUAGCGAAAACUGCAGGCUAAGGAAGGAACAAGCACAGCGUUUCAUAGAUUGCCAUGUCAAGGACGUGGAGGACUUCAAGGCUGAAAGAGAUGAACUGAUAAAAGCGCACGAGAAGAAGAAGGCGGAGCUCGAGAAGGAGCUCGAUGCUGCUCUCACGGCGCUGAUGGAGAAACACAAGCCAGACACCUUCCAGGCCUCCAACUCGUGA